AUGGGUAACCGCGACCGCAGAUACCAGACGUUUCCUCGGCAAUCACACCAAAUUACAUAUUUGGCUCGAUUACUAAAACGUAUACCAGUCUCGUCAGUUUGGAAAACUGACACCAAACAGCUAAAUUGCCGAUAUUGGAAUGUGAUAAGAGAUAAGACGGUUUUGGGCAGAUGCACGAGCAUAGCGCGAAGACCCAUCUCUUUCCCGAUUAGUAAACUUGAAGCGCGAUACAUCAAAAUGCCAUAUAAACGCUGCCUGGUCGCUUUCCAGUGGAGUCUUGUAAACUUGAUUUUGGAUAAAAAUAUUUAA